AUGCCCACGGAGCACAGCCCAGAGGAUGCUGCUCCACCCUCCCGUGGGCAGGAGAGCCCCAGCUCUGAAGCCACCCUGCGCAAGAGGCGGCGGCGCAGGAGGAAGCCCAAGGGCAAGGAGGUGUCAGCCCCUGAGCUGGGUGGCAGCAAGGAGACCCCGAGUGAGGUGUCCCUGGAGGAGGUGUGCAAGCUGCCAGCCCCCAGGGAUUCAGUGUACUCCUCCUUCCCUGAUCCCCAUGAAGAAGAAACCAGCUCGUUGCAGUCCCCAGAGAUACACCCUUACUCUGAUGGGGAGCUGGCCUCUGUGGACAGCCCCACCCUGAGCCAUCCAUCUUCUCCCAAAAGUGACUCUGAGCUGGAGAUCAGAGCACAGGAGAGUUUUGCUCUAGGGGCUGAAUCCCACGUGCAGUGGACCUGGGGAAGGCUCCCACGGGUGAACAAAUCAGAACGAGUUGAACCAGCCAAGUCCCCAAAGAGCAUUGUCACUGCAGCCACCUCUGUCUCUGCAACACUGGUCCCAGAGGCUGAGGCAGCUGAUCUUGUGGCCACCUCUGGAGGAGUUCCAAACCCAGCAGGACCUCAGGGCACACCUUGUUCCUCUGCUGUGUCUGGUUUGGAGCCAACACCUGCACCCCAGGAUGAGGACGGUCUCCCUGGGCUGAAGGACAUCCCCAGUGCUGUGGGGGCAGAGAGCUCGUUGGAGGCCUCCUCAGCCCCCCAGGAGAAGCAGGAGGGAGGUGGGAGUGUUGUGCCAGAGCUUCAGCCAGGUGUGGAGCCCUUUGGGGGAGCUGCUGCUCCGAGGCAGGAGGGCCAGAGGAGAGAAGGACCCACCAAAAGAAGCCCUCACUUGGGUCCUAGUGACAUUUACCUGGAGGACCUCUCCAGCCUGGAUGAGGAGCAGAUGGCUCUCUAUUUCCCCAGGAGUGACCCAGAGCAGAGUUCAAAGCCCGUGGCAGACCCCAGCAACCCCCUGUGUGCCCAGCUGCCAUCCCACCUGCCCACCAGCAGCCCCAGGGGGGUGCCCAGCUCGCUGCCCACGGUUGCCCUGUCGCUGUGUGGAGGCCUGGGGGGCAGCAAGCAGAUCUCCCACGAGAAGUUCAUGGAGCACGUGGUGUCCUACCAGCAGCUUGCUGAGAACCCAGGGCUCAUCGAGGACCCCAACCUGGUGGUGCUGGUUGACAAGAAGUAUUACAACUGGGCAGUGGCUGCUCCCAUGGUCCUGUCCCUGCAGGCUUUCCAGAGGAACAUUCCUGAGAGCACCAUCGACCAACUGGUGAAGGAGAAGAUGCCCAAGAAAGGCAGCAGAUGGUGGUUCUCCUGGAGCAGGAGAGAAUUCCCAGCAGAGGAGCAGUCGAGGCCAGGGAAAGCCAACGAGGGGACUCUGGAGCCUGACCCUGCCCAGCAGAGGCAGGAGGAAGAGGGGUCAUCCAGUGAGGAUGAGCCCCUGCCCCCUGGGGACACGUUGGCAAGGGAUGUCCCUGCCCAGAGAUCUCCACCAAGCUACAGGAAAUCCCUGCGGCUCUCCUCCAACCAAAUCGGAAGGCUGAACCUGCAGGAUGGUCCCAACGAGGUGGUGUUCAGCGUGACCACUCAGUACCAGGGGACAUGUCGCUGUGAGGCCACCAUCUACCUGUGGAACUGGGAUGACAAGGUGGUCAUCUCGGACAUCGACGGCACCAUCACCAAGUCGGAUGCCCUUGGGCACAUCUUGCCGCAUCUGGGGAAGGAUUGGACUCAUCAUGGCAUUGUUAAGCUCUUCCACAAAAUCCACCUGAAUGGCUACAAGUUCCUCUACUGCUCAGCCAGAGCCAUUGGCAUGGCACACAUCACCAAGGGCUACCUCAAAUGGGUCAACGAGCAAGGCUGUGUCCUCCCCAAGGGUCCCAUCCUGCUCUCCCCCAGCAGCCUCUUCUCUGCCUUCCACAGGUAG